GGUAAAUCAUUCUCUCAAAAUGAUGACUUAAAUAGACACAAACGUAUUCAUACAGGAGAGAAGCCAUAUCAUUGUGAUAUCUGUGGUAAAUCUUUCUAUAAAAGUGAUAACUUAACUACUCAUAAACGAAUUCAUACAGGAGAGAAGCCAUAUCACUGUGAUAUCUGUGGUAAAUCAUUCUCUCAGAAAGGUAGCUUAACUACACACAAACUUGUUCAUACAGGAGAUAAACCAUAUCAAUGUGAUAUCUGUGGUAAAUCCUUCUCUCUAAAUCAGCACUUAACUGCCCACAAACACAUUCAUACAGGAGAUAAACCAUAUCACUGUGAUAUCUGCAGUAAAUCAUUCUCUCAGAAAAGUACCUUAAUUACACACAAACACAUCCAUACAGGUGAGAAACCAUAUCAAUGUGAUAUCUGUGGCAAAUCAUUCUCUCUAAAUCACCACUUAACCAAUCACAAGCACAUUCAUACAGGGGAUAAACCAUUUCAAUGUGAUGUCUGUGAUAAAUCAUUUUCUAAGAAAGGUAACUUAAUUACUCACAAACAUACACACACAGGGCAUAAACCAUAUCACUGUGACAUUUGUGGUAAAUCAUUCACUCAAAAUGGUGCCUUAGCAAAACAUAAGUGUAUUCAUACAGGAGAGAAACCCAUCACAAUCUGAACAACACAUAAAUGCAUUUGUACAGGAGUGAAGCUACAUAAAUAAGCACAUGGUAAAUCAUUCUCUCAAAACACACGACGGCACAUACAUGUAUUCCUACUAAAGUGUAACUAUCCAUUUCAUUUUAUUUUGAUUUUCUUUCUGCUUACCUGGGUUAAAUAAACAUAU